AGCGAAAUCCUUGUCCCGGAAUUUUCUCUCGCCCGCCGUGGCCCGUGGGCAUCGUCUCGUCUGCGGAUUCCUCCUUCCAUCCAGUCCAGCGCUUUCUCCUCGCUCCCACCCCCCCCCACCCUUCCCCUCCCCUCCAAUAGCCAAGCAAGAACCGGGACACAAGCAAAGCUUUGCCUUGCCAAGAGGACGGAAUACCACCAUCGCUUCCCCUCCGGCCCAACACCCCAACCCCAGCCAGGCAGCCUUCUCGGCGACCGCAAGCUCCUCCGCUCCCCUCAGGCUGUUGAGUGGCCAGAAAUCUCGAUAUGGAUGUGCCUGCGGCUCCAGCCAUGGCAUUUAAAGCCUACAAGUACAAAGAGGUUCUUGUUAGGGACUACUUGCUGGCAGACUCGUAUGCUCCAUACGCUGCUGUGCUCGGGGGGAUCCUGAUGUGCAAAUUGGCCUACGAUUUCACGCGCAUUAUCAGUUCAUUUAACUUCAAAGGUUAUGCUUCUCUUAACGAUAUGCAGAAGAUCGAAUGGAACAACAGGGGCAUGUCCACUGUCCAUGCAAUAUUCAUUACAGUUAUGUCAGUAUACCUAGUGUUCUUCUCGGGCAUGUUUUCUGACCAGCUGGAUGGACCAGUAACAGUUAGAAGUUCAAGCCUCUCCAGUUUUACAUUAGGGGUCUCUAUUGGGUAUUUCAUUACAGACAUUGCCAUGAUAUAUUGGCUUUACCCUGCCCUUGGUGGAAUGGAGUAUGUUAUCCACCACAUGCUUUCACUUAUGUCUACAAUGUACGCUAUGCUUUCUGGGGAAGCACAUGUAUACAUAUACAUGGGUCUCAUCACUGAGACUACUACACCAGGAAUCAAUCUAAGAUGGUUCCUUGAUGUUGCUGGAAUGAAGAACUCCAAAGCUUACCUUGUUAACGGAGUUGCAAUGGUUGUUACUUGGCUGGUUGCAAGGAUAAUUCUGUUCAUGUACUUGUUCUAUCACAUGUUUGUACAUUAUGAUCAGAUUAAGAAGAUGAACACCUUCGGCUAUUUUCUGGUACUUAUUGCGCCUUGCAUAAUCUUCGUGAUGAAUGUGCUUUGGUUCUCCAAGAUCCUAAAAGGUCUCAAGAAGACGAUGGCCAAGAGGCAUGCUGAGUAGUGGAAUGAGUAUUCAUGAUUUAACGUACAACUACCACCCGAUCAUCUGUAGAUUUGGUUACAUCUGCUUAUAGCUUCUGAGUAGUAGUCACUACCGUAGCUCAUAUCGGUGAUUUCAGCUCGGCUGCCACGUUUCGGUGUUUGACUACCCAGCCUUUCCUAGAUGCUCGAUUUGUAUAUAUGUUUGGUUACGGCUGCAUUUACCUAUUUGCAUGUUAAUAAAUCUUUUAGUUGUGUAUAUAUGCUUUUAUCUC